GGUGUAGGCAACAUUGGGAGAGGUGUAAUGGAUGAUAAAUAGGUUAAUUGAACCCAUGCAAGAGCAAUUGGAAACGUUACAAUUGGAGAAUAGGAGACAACAACGAAAUUCUCUCGCUCAACCACCACCUAGGCAGACACAGCAAAGAGAACAUUGGGGCAACAUAGAAGAAGAAAAGGAGUUGGAAAAGUUGAAUGAGCCACCAUUGAAUCGAGGUAGGUUUAGGCAUGGGAAUGGGAAUAAAGAAGUUAGCAAUUGGGAAGACAAUAGUUUGGGCAGCCUUAACAUGAAGAUUCUGCCAUCCCAAGGAAAAGUAGAUUCGGAAGCUUAUCUUGAGUGGGAAAGGAAGGUGGAGUUGGUCUUCGAUUGUGACAAUUAUUCCGAGCUUAAGAAGGUGAGACUGACAGUCAUUGAAUUUUCCAACUAUGCUCUUGUUUGGUGGGAUCAGUUGGUGAUGAAUAGGCAUCAGAACCAGGAGCAUCUAAUUGAAACAUGGAAAGAGAUGAAGGCGGUGAUGAGGAAGCAAUUUCUGGAGAAAGCCAUGAUUAGAGCUAAUGUAGAAGAAGACCGAGAGGCAACAAUGGUGAGAUUCUUACAAGUAUUGAAUCUAGACAUCCAUGACUGGGUGGAGAUGCAUCAUUAUGUGGAGUUAGAAGACAUGGUGCACAUAGCCAUCAUCGUAGAGCAACAGCUCAAGAAGAGAUGACCUUUUCCAAGUCUUAGAGCUCAUCAACGAUAAUGCUUACAAGCUAGAUUUACUAAGUGAGUACAAUGUUAGUGCCACUUUCAAUGUUACUCAACCUUUUGAUGCAGUAGACGAUUUGAGGACAAAUCUUUUUCAAGAGGAGGGGAAUGAUGUAAACUAAGGUUUAACUUUAAAGGAAUCAAUUUAAGUUCCCGUU